GGCCUGAACGGGGCCCGGGGGCGGGAAGGGCCCAGCUCCGCCGCGCUGAGCCGCCCGGCCCCUCCCGACGGGCUCCAGAGCGGGGAGGAGGGGCCGCAGCCGGACCCGGCCAUGAGCGGAGCCGCGGAGGCGCGGGAGCUGGAAGAGCGGCUGCGAGAGGCGGCGGCCCUGGGGGACGUGGCGGAGGUGCGGCGGCUGCUGGGUGCGGGGGCGGACAUCGACGCCCGCAACGAGAUCAAUGGCUGGACCUGCCUGCACUGGGCCUGUAAGCGGAACCAUGCUCAGGUGGUGUCCUGCCUGCUGGAGGCUGGUGCGGACAAGCGGAUCCUCACUGCUAAGGGAGAGCUGGCGGCACAGCUAACGUCGAAACCAGAUAUCCGCAAGAUUUUGGGAGUAGAGGAACAAACUGAAUGUCAAGGAGUGAAGGAUUUAAAUUUAUCCAUUGUUGCGAACUACUUGGCCAACCCAUUCCCUAACAUUUACACCGAAGAAAGCAUUCAAGGCAGCUUGGCAGAAUCCCAGAGUGAAAGUGCUUCCAUCUCUUCUGCUUCCCAGAGUGAAACUAGCCAUUGUCCAUCAGCAGCUCAGGCUGAAAGCAUCUGCAUACCCACGUCAUGCAGCAGCGGCGAGACUUUCCCAGCAGCGGACGCAGCAGCCAGGCCGCCCCCUAUGCCCACCGUCACUGCAGCCACAGCGGGUACCAGCCCAGGGAUGCCCCAUGGCUCCGGCUGCCCCCCGCUCACAACCCCCAGCCUGGGACUCUGCUCCCCAGGAGUGUCUGGCCAGGCCUUGCCUCUGCAGCCUCACACCUGCCCCAGCAGCCCUGCACCCGCCUUCCAGCCCUUCUUCUUCACUGGAACAUUCCCGUAUAACAUGCAAGAACUUGUACUCAAGGUCAGAGUCCAAAACCUGAGAGACAAUGACUUCAUUGAGAUUGAACUGGACAGACAAGAAUUGACCUAUCAAGAUCUGCUCAGAGUGAGCUGCUGUGAACUGGGUGUUAAUCCAGAGCAAGUAGAGAAGAUCAGAAAACUACCCAAUACACUUCUAAGAAACGACAAGGAUGUUGCCAGACUCCAGGACUUCCAAGAGCUGGAGCUGGUCCUUAUGAGAAGUGACAGCUCUCCUUUCCGGAACGCUUCGGCUGCACUGAUGGAGCGGCCGUGCUACAACAGCAGAGCAUCCAAGCUGACCUACUGACCCCGGGAGCUGCAUCUGCAACGUGAACACCUGGCAGUGACAUGUGUCACUUAAGUGUGUGUAAAACCUUAAGUUAUUAUUAGGGUUACUAUUUUAACUAAUAUUUUAUAUUUAAUAUCCUGUUUGCUUUUAUUUUUUUACUUGAUACUGUAUUCAGGCAAGGGAUACCUCAUUUGUCCAGUAAAAACCACAGGUUUCCAGUGUAUUUCAAGGAAAUGUAUUGGUUGUAUCUGGCAGUGGGGGGCACAAAAGACAUAAUUAUUGAUACAAAAAUUUUGUUAAGUACACCCACUCUGACCAAGUAAGACUCAUGGAAAGAUUCAGGAAAUUGUGUGUCUCUGCACAUACUUCCUCAUUAAAUUAAAGAGACACACAAUGGAUAGUUGCUCUCUAAAAAUGUGAAUGUGCAAGUCCUUAAUCUCUUGCCCCUCACACUCACCAAGAUGGGUUGUCUAGAAAUACUUAAUGCUCAGAAGUGGCCGGAGAAACCCUUUUACUGGGCUGAAAAUAACUGGAAUAAGCGUGUCCAUAUUUAAAUGUUUAUUUCCCCUAUGAGAAUAUUGUACCUCCACCAAAAAAUACAAAAGCCUCUCCUAAGUUUUCCUUUUGAUUUGGAAGUGCCCUUUCAAGAGAAAGCCCUUGUUUCAUAUGGGGAAGCACACCCAAUCUGUGUCCAAGGUUUUAUUUACUUUCUGACCGAUGUGAGCCUGUGAUUUACUCACACCAGGUGUCAGUAUUGUCAAGAUGGGAAAGCUCUCUGUGGCCCUUCCCUGUACACCAGUUCCAAAGGCAUGGUUGUUUCUGCUGUAUGAGAAGCACAGCUGUGUCCUCAUGAGAGAACACAGCUGGAAGGAACAUAGAAUGCUUUAACGGGCCACUAGAUGCGAAAAACAUGAGCAAGUCACUGAUUUGUAACUUUACAUCCUGCACAGUCUGCUGUCACUGUUACAUAGCCUUGUUUCAGCCAGGUGAGUACUGAAAGGGAUGAACUGCAAAAAACCUCCAGGUUGAACGCAACCUCCAGGUUGCUUUCAACUUCCUCCCCCUCCCCGCCCCUUCUUCAUGGGGAGUGAAAAAAACACAACUCUGGUUAAGCUACAGACUAUUUAAGCAAUUCAGUAAUGAAAAAAAUUCACCUGUGGGUUAAAAUACUUCAGUCACAGCAUUGCUGGAGUAUAAACAGCCUGAAGCUUGUCUUGAUUAACAUGACAGCCUGUAAAGUUACACUUCUGGAGGCUGUUUUCUUUUUUACCAAAAAAUAUGAUGCUGACCUGUGCACCAAAACCCUUCAAUGGGUCCUGAGGCAGGUGGACAGGUGAGGGAUUUGCUUUUUCUGCAUGAGCUGCUUUUUCUCCCCUCUGUUCCCCCCUCCCCCCCCAAUCCCAAACUAUUGAUUUUCCUUCCAUCUCUGCUUUGUGAAGCUGCACUAGGCAGAGUUUCUGCACAGCUGACGGACGCUGGACUUUGUUGGUUGAUCUGGACUGCAAUGUUGACAGUCAAACUAUAACUAGUACAGCACCAUGUUCUAGGAGAAGCAGCAUGGCUGCCACCCUCCUUGUGUCCUGCUUUAGCCUGGACAGACUCCCUCAAGCUGCUGCACACCAAGAGAAGACAGAAACCUCUUCUGUCAGCAGAGAAGAUACUUGACUCUGGGCUCAGGAUUUCACCAAGUUAUUUAGGCUUAAAAUUCUUGCUUACUUCAGUCAAAAUAAUGAUCAUCCUUUCCUCCAUGUUCCAUACCCAUCACCUCAACCCUGCUAACUUCCCAUUCUCAAUCCUGGUUUUUCUCUAGCCAGAAGCUAUUUUAAUGCCAGAUUCAACUGAUGGGAAGUUCAAGACUGUGAUACAGUAUAAACAAAAACUUCUUAACUAAGGUUCAUGCUUUGUUUUUCUUGCAAGACAGGAAAGAAAGUUCUAUUUCAACAAUUGUGCAUUUACCUCUCCAGCAUAGCUUGGAGCCUAGCUCAGAUUAUGUGCAAUAACUGUGUGAAAAUCAGUAGUGGUUAAAUGGUUCAAAAUUAGUAAGAGUAUCUAAUUUGUUUCCAGUUCCUUUAUUUAGGAAGUCAGUGUAAGGACUGUCUCCACUAAUUACUGAGCAUUCUGCUAGAGGGCAGCUGGUUUAAAAAGAUUUAUUUCCCUAGUUUCUACCAAGAAUAACAGUUAACGUGUUAAGAUUUAAACUCUACUUAUAAUUUGACUGUAAUAACAGUAUAUUUAUGCAUUCAGAGGAGUAUUUUUGUAUGUUUUAUGCAGUUUGAUAAACUCUAAGGCACACUGGUUAUGUUAACUGGUUUUUGUCGGGCUUUUUCUUUGAACAAUGAACUGGUGGAAUGACAACUGAGAUAAAGUUUACAAAACUUACUGUUCUUCCAAGGACACCUUUUGUUUGCACUACAAACUUGUGCUGAACUGACACUGCUACUCUUCACUUAUAAUAAAGUAUCAGUCAUUUCAA